AUGCGCAUCCGCCGCUACGCCGCGCGCCUCCUCUCCUCCACCUCCCCUGACUCCGCCACCGCCGCCGCCCCCUCCCCGCCGCGGCCGCCCGCCGCGUCCUGGCUCCACACCGACGACGACGACUGCUGCGCCUUCUGCGAGCUCAGCCGCCUCGCCCCGCAGGAGGGCCAGGACGCCAUCAAGCACAAAGGGCACAUUGCCGGCCGGGUGCCGGAAUCCGAUGUCAGGGCCGACGAGCGCGUCGGCCUGCCCCAGCGACCGCCUGCUCCCGAAGUUAAGAAAUGCAAGAUUGAUCAUGUACCUCCUGUGAAUAAAGCUCCUGUGGGACUGCGAGUUUUUAAACGUGCUUCUGAGGUCAGUGGAGCUGCGGUGAAACCGGAAGGCGCUACUCCUGUUAGUGAAGCUGCUACUGGUCCAGAAGCUAAAGCCGGUGCUUUUGUUGUCAACGAUGCUGCUAUUGAGCAGGGAGUUAAAUUUAGAGCUUCUCUUCCGGGUGGUGACUCCAAGCUGGAGGUUACAGCGGAGAAUUCUCUUGUGAAUGGAUCGACCACUGAAUUAGGAAUUUUCAAGGGUGCGUCCCUUGCUAAUGAAUCGGCCGAUGUGCCAGGGGUUACAAGCACUAUGCCAGAAGUUACAAGCAAACCUGUUACUGAUCCAGGGGUUAUAACCACCGUGGUGGGAGUUAGUGAUACAGGUUCUGUCGUUCAUGAAACUACUGAACUGGAAUCUGCAGGCGAGGAUUAUAUUGCUAGUGAAGCUGCUGCUGAACCGGAAGAUGCUGGCAGAGCUUCUUGCAAUGUAGAUGAUACUGCUGCUUUAGAUGAGCCACGGCCGCCUAGUUGUGAUCCGAACAUAGGCAAUGUGCAGGUUGGAAAUGCUGUAGACACUGUUGCUAGUACAGUGCAGCCUUCUCGAUGUGAUGCUGCAGAAGACGGUGGUUCUGUGAAUUCCACAACCAAUGGUUCUGUCAGAGCCAGAGGACCAAUCGUUAAGGGAGAAGUAUCGAAGGAUAAAUCUGUUGCACCCAGUGUUUUACGUGUAUUGGACGCAGUGACUAGAAGCAUUGGUAAAUCAGGGAGAACAGAUGUUAUUUGUUAUGCUAGGCGGACAGGUAAGAGGAAGCUGGAGCUGCUGGAGGUAAAGAAGGAAAAUAUUGACUUGGAAGAUGGUGUUAUAUGCGAGAAAGAGGAGACACUGGUGAGAAGUGAUCGUUGUGAAAGUGUCUUGUCAACAGCUUGGUCCAUAGAUGUUAAACUUGCCGACAUAAAGAAAGACCUUAUCGAUAAUUCAGCUGCAAGCAAGGUUAAAAAGAUGAAGAGAAAUAGAUUUGAAUGUAAUAUUGAUUACUGCCACAUGGCGUUCAAGACAAAAGCUGAGCUUGCUGUCCACAAGAAGAACAUGUGCACGGUCAAUUCAUGCAACAAACAUUUCAGAUCCCACAGGUACCUGAGGCGCCACCAGAGUGCACACAACGAUGAUAUGCCUUACAAGUGCCCAUGGGAUGAUUGUAAUAUGGCUUUCAAGUGGUCAUGGGAUCGGGCUGAGCAUUUCAAGGUCCAUGCUGGGGUCAAGCCUUACAAAUGCACGACGCCUGGGUGCAGCAAAAUAUUUAAGUUUGUUUCAGAUUUCACCCGGCAUAGGAGGAGGUGCAAACCUCAGAGGUAA